AUGGGCAAAAAGGGGGAGGAGAAAAGCAAGGACGAUGACUCGCUGGGCGACCAGCCAAUGGAAGAAAAGAAAGGGGACGACGGUAAAGAAGAAGAUGCGAUGUCGUCCCUGGCUACUAACUUGAAUAAAGGGGGUACCAGCCCCACGCAGGGUUAUGUAGACCCCAAGAAGUACAACAAGUUCAAAAACGACGGAUCGUUCUUGGCUCAGGUGCUAGCGUUGCAGAAGAAAAAAAAAGUGAGGAAGAUAAAGGAAGCGGAGGGCACAGACGGGAAAAAGAAGAAGAAGUCCAGGAAGACGUCCUCCCAGCAGGGGGAUGAUGAAGAGGACGCAGAAGCAGAGCACGACGGAAAGGAAAAGGAUGAGGAAGACGAACGGGAAGUGGCUAUAAAAAAUGAGUAUAUCGAAAAGAUUAACAAAAUGAAAGAGGAGGGUCUUUUCACGGACAAGGGGAUCGGAGCUGGGAUGGUUAAGUGAAACUUUGGGCAGACACAAGACGAACGAUCGGUGGGUAAUUGUCCACUUUUGUUAAGU